CGGCGUGACGUGUGACCAAAAUGGCGUGAGCACGCAGCGGGUUGACUGCGUCGGACGGCAUUCGGUGAUGCCUUCCCCUCGUAAGUAUCGUCGCGAUCGCCUUGUCUUUCGCUGUUCGUUAAUCGCGAGAAUGUUUAAAAUAUAUAUAUAGAUAUACAGAUUUCGCGAGACGCGUACAAUGCGACAGAUUCUCUUGACCAAAAUUCGAAUAUAUAUCCGCGCGUACCUCCCCGCCGACAUCGUGCUACGCUGUUCGCGAAAUGAUAUUUUGGCGAUAUUUCAACAUACUUUUCGAUUCUCUCUGUAGUUCGAACUCGUGCGGUUUGUUCAUGUCGCGAUACGAGGAAAUAAUAAUCGCAAAUUUUUCUCGAUUCGAAGUACGAAAUAGACAAAAGUACGGAGAAUGGCGGCGUUGAGGGGGGGGGGGGGGGAGCAACAGGUAGCGUCGCUUAUGACGGUAGCCGCGAAACUUGUCGCAGUUGUCGCGCGUCGCCGUAAAGUUGAUCGAGCGAUCUACAAAUUUUUAUCUCCAUUUUUUAAUUCAUUGCGUUACUAUCAGUCGUAUCACGGGCGCGAUUCGCGCGAACGAGAUCUCGCACGCGUUUUUUUUAUUCCUGCGUCCUUCGAUUUAACGGUAGACACUCGGCGCUAUUAGCCCGACAGUUCUUGUUUGAGCUCGAGUCAAGAUAGAAAGAUGCCAUUAGUGGUCGUGCGCGAUCGACGGGAGAGUUACGGGAGAGCCAUGUAGAGACAGAGCGAUACGCGAGUGAUAAUAGUUAAUCCUGCUCCGCGAAGUGUUGCGCGUGUGAUUAGUGCCAGAAAUCAAAAGUGAUAGCGAAGCGAAAGAGGACUGAGAGGAGGAGCAGGCCCGGGGUGGCAUCAGGCAACGGCGGGGCAACCGUGGUGCCAGGAAUCGAAAGCGAGAGAGGAGGAGCAGGCCUGGGAUGGCAUCAGGCAACGGCAAAGCAACCGUGGAUUACUCAUUACAACUCCGCUGCUGCGCUUCGAAGACUGGUGGAUUUUUUAAAAAGUGGGUCCAACCUAAUAAAACCCACCGGGCCCAUCUUGUCAAACCCUGCAUAAAAAUCACCCCAGACGAUAACCAUCUAACUUUCAUGCCGUGGCCGUCAUAUCCGUGCCGUUUCAACACACACGUGCGGUGGACAUCAUCGACAUAAAAGCGACGAGAGAGGAAACGAGAGAGUUGAAUGACUGCAGUCGGAGGCGGCAAGAAAUCAGCCCAGAUCAUCAUGGAUUGGACUCGGGGAAUCGGUUUGACCGGCUUGUUAUUGUUCUGCCUCGGACGGAUCGGGGAAACAAACGGCCUGAGGAUGCUGGAGCUGAUAGUGCCACAGCACGCGGUGUUCGGGCAAAAUGUAAGCCUCGAGUGCAACUUUAAUCUGGACGACGAGAAGCUGUACUCGGUCAAGUGGUACAAGGAUGGCAACGAGUUCUACCGAUUUGUACCUCAGGAAAAGCCACCUGUUCUGGUGUUCCUCCAUCCCGGUGUCACGCCAAUCGUUCACGACUCCACUCAACGAACGGUCGUCUUAAAUUCCGUAAACCUCAUGAGCACGGGACGCUACAGAUGCGAGGUUUCGGCGGAGGCGCCAUUCUUCCAGACCGUUUCCGACCAUUCGGAUAUGACAGUAAUCGCCCUACCGGAGGACGAGCCCGUUAUCACCGCGCGACCCGGGAAACAUCGUUAUCAAGUCGGCGACGUCGUGCGGUUCAAUUGCACUUCGGCGAAGUCGAAGCCACAUGCCACGCUCAGCUGGUUCAUCAACGGCGACCCCGUCGAGCAGCAGUUCUUGAGGCUCUACCCCGUCGACAUAGACCGGAACGAUCUGGAGACCUCCACACUCGGUCUAGAGUUCCGUCUGCGCUUGAAGCACUUCAAGAAGGGAGACUUGAAGAUCAAAUGCCUGGCGAGGAUAUAUACCGUAUAUUGGAAAUCGAAUGAGCUCAGCAUAGAGGGUGAGAGGCCUCUGAAGAUACCGGUAAUGGAGAGCAGGGAGACAAGGGCGCAAGGGCACACGCACGCCGAGCAUAUCCUAGCGAAUGGAAGUAGAGCGUUAGGAGGACCAUGCGUUGUGCUGGUGAUCAUGGGUUUACUGAUGCUGCGGUAAGGAUUAAGGAUACCACUCGCCCUUCGUGCUCACCCUCUAGGCCUGUGGAAGCCACUCUCGUAACGCGAUAUGAUUACAUAAUAUAAAAUUAUCCAUGUUGUUUAUAUUUUUUAUAAUUGCAAUUAGUGGAGUUAGAGAGUCACGUAAUAAUCGUAGGCAGACGACACACUAUCGAACUAUGUUAGACUUUACUCGAAUGAAUGAGGGGAAGUUUUCGUUGUAAAGAAACGAUAUGGAUUCGUUUUUUUUUCCAGGGCUAAUAUAUGAAAAAAAAAAAAAAAAAAAUUAUCGGAAUUUUGCGACGAUUUGGUUGUUCCACAUUUUUGCGUAACAUAAAUUACAGCGUUUUGCGUAUACAUAUCUUGCGUAUAGUGCGUGAGAGACACGACAAGUCUGUUGUUCCAUUAUCAUAUAUAUUCAUUGAAAGGUUAUAUGCACUGCCACGUACUGAUCUUGUUCAUCGUGAAAAUUUGGAAUUGUGACUUUUUUACAUUGCUUGCGAUGACUCAUGCGUAAAGUACAUAAAUCAAUUUCUUCAGGUGCACAUACGCGCGUGUAUACUUCGUCUACUACUAUUCGUUGUGUAUGGCUAACGCAUAUCUGCCGUGCAAACUGUGGCGCGUUUUAUUGAAUUUUCAUUAACCAUGCCACGUCUGUGGAGCGAUAGAACGCACAAGUGCGUUUUACUGAGUUUCAAGACAAUAUAAUAUUAACGAUUUAACUGUAACGCGAAGAAAUUCUCUGCAAAUUCUCGAAUUGAACAUCGGCAUGCAGUUUAUGCUAUUAAGAAAUUUUUUAGUCUCGUUAUUUUUUUAUUAAAUAUAUUUACUAAAAAAAAAAGAUUAGAUACUUAAAAAUAUCUAUGUCAUUUUAUUCGAUAAGAUUAACUCAUCGGUAUGUACAUACUGCACGUGUUCGAUUGCAGAUAUUUAGUUAAGAAAACGGGGACGCACACGAUGCUGUACUUACACGCCGCGCGUGUGUGUGCCUCUGUAAAUCAAUAAAAUAAACACGAAUCGAGAAUCUAGUAGUACAUAUGUACAACCAAGUAGAGGCAGCGACGCAACGCAAACAAAACAAAUCGUCGUUUCUGUUCGCUACCAUACAGUACAGCCCUUAACGAUCUAGUCGCUAUUAAUCGUAUGUUAACAAGAUAAUAUCCUAGGAAUAAUUGUAUGACGUGUGUGACUGUGUAGCGUGCGUUUACCAAAGAUUUUCGAACUUUUCACGCUAAGCUUUCCUAAUUGUUAAUUAAUCAUCACACGGUGACACGGUGUGUAGAGGUUUCGUAAAUGAAACUUGCCACAUUCUUUAUCUAUGGUAGCUGUAAAGACACUCGCUCUUGUACAUAUGUAUAUCGUUCCAAGGUAACACGCUGUAAUAUCAAUAUUAUAAAGAAAAAUGAUAUCGUUAAUCUUUAACCUGCAGAAAUAUUUUCUUUAGUAAAUCGCGUAAAUCUCUCCCAAAAUGUACUGUACAUCGAUCUAAUAAAACUGUAAUGAAAGAUA